GCGUUCCGCCUUGUACACCUCGUGUUAGUGAAACCCGGUUUUUCCUGUGCUGUAGCAUAUUCGAGCGACCUUGAUGUUUUUCGAAAUGCUGAAUAAGGCCUUGUUCUGUGAGCUCGAGAGGUCAUACCUAGCUUUUCACCAAGGAUGACUUCUUCCUCAGUACCGACGACUGCCCUUGUGGUGGAUUUCAUUUGUCUUUUUACGCACGAUCUGAAGAGAAAACAAAAAAGGUGGCAAGAUGGAGUGCUAAAAUAUCACACGUUCAAUAAGCGUGUCAUGGUCUACGACGACCGGAAUCAUUUCAUCGGGGAUGCACACUGGCAAGGAGGCGGGGACCUUGAGCCUGGUGAUGAGUUUGAGCUGGAUCGUGGUGCUGCUAUCGUCCAAGUUUCGGACUGUACUGGACAACGAGAACAGGAUCUGACGGAGUUGCUGGACAAGCGCGCAAAGGAAGUUGAGAAGCGGCGGACAAAUGCUGGAACGACACGAACACCAGGGUCGACCGCAGCAGUUACUCAAACACCAAGAAACGACCAAAAUGCCCCUCAUUUUCAGCUCAGACACCGCCCGCUUAAUGAUAUUGUUGGAGGAACUUUGAGAAUUGGGAGGGCUGUCAUUUCUCCUCACUCGCCAUAUGAACAGCGCAAGAUGGCCGAGAGUCCUGGUCAGCAGCAGGAUUCACCGUCAGAAGAUGCGCGGCCGAGCAAGAGGAGAAGACGGGAGGAAUCGCCUCCAAGCAAGAUGGGGCACGCUCGGGCUCUAUUUGGAACUGCUUUGACUCUGACCCCGUUUUCGUCUUCAAUACCGUCAGCUCGAAGUCUACCAUUACAUGACAGGGCUGCUGCAAGACCAAAAGUUGCAUCAGCUGUCACACGAGAUAGCACAUCCCACGCAUCAAGACGCGCUGAUAGGGGCUCAAAAUCACCACCGCCUUCUUCUAAUACUGAGGAGAUGGAGACCAGCGCUCUUCGUCAGACUGCACCCCGCCGGGUUUUUACACAGCGGGCAUCGUUAAAGGAGCUACUGGCAGGUAAUGAGCACAGUCGGACCAGCGAACUUCCUCGGACGCGAGAUACUCUGCCAAAGAGUCGUUCGAAAGCAUCGAAACAAGCGAGACCCCAGCAACCACCUGAGGAUGAAGUUGUUUCACUUCUUACCCAAGAGCCCGUAUCAUCAAAACCUCGUCGUGAUGCCGCCGCGAAUAGCCCCCGCAACGCUCGAGGACAUCAGGAAUCCAAUGCAGACAAACCAUCCAAAUCCCGAACAUCUGCGCCCAAAACGUCAGAAACAGUUGAUUCUGAUAAAGGCGAUGAAGAAUCACCAGAAACCGACGACGAAGCAUUUCUCAAUUGGUUGGCGCAAAGUGAGGAUUCUCCAGCCAUGGCUCAAGCACCAGCGCCACCAAUGGACAACCGCCCACCACGCCCGAAGAAGGCAAAGGGUGAUCCUGUUCCAGCAAUCCAAAGGCCUGCAAAGGAGUCUACUCGGAAGGUCGCCCAAGAACCAAUUGUUGUCGAUGAAGAUGAAGACGAGGAUGUGGAGGCACUACCGCAUCCAAAGACCUCCCGAAUCCGCCCUGAGAGUGCUGCCUCAGAAACGAUCAAAAGAAAAGAGACGAGCACCGCGGAACCUCAUGGCACGAAACGAACAUUGAGUACCGAUAGCGCAGCCGCAACAGAAUCCGAUACGGACAAACCUCCUCCUGCGAAGGAACCGCGGACAGAGCUCAGGAUCAGAUCAAGACAACGGCGCGGGCUGCUCAUGAUAGCCCAAAGCAAACAAGUUAGCCGGUCAACAUUAGCAGGAAGAUCAGUUCCCUUCUCAUCAGUAGCUGGAAGCGAUACACACAACACAUCGCAUACUGUCGCUCGUGCUGCCUCGAUUUUCGAAGAACCCCAGGCUGCCCAGAGAAUCUCGACAGAGACAGCCGCUUCAAAAAAGGUACCCAUGCAACAAGUCUCAGCUGAAGCAAGCGAGCGCCAACGUUCUCUGGAGGAGCCUGAUGACCAACCGAUCGAGAUCCGUAACCCGAAUACAGAAGAGGCGGUCCGUGAGAAGGACUUAAAUAAUGAAUCUGAGGCCUUGGAAGAGCCAGAGGUCGAAGUUGUACCGAGCGACGAUGCAGUUCCAGUCAGCGAGCUUUCUGAGGAUAGGAGAUCCCCGACACCUCCUCGCCGACGCACAAACCCAAGUCGGCACACGCGAAAGAGGGCAGCCCCAGUCGUGUUCAGCGACAACGAGGGGGAAACCUCAGCAUUCGAUUCUCCACCAAUAUCCGACGAUGAAGAAGAAGGCUUGCCUGCCGCGUUGAAAGCUGGUCGAAAACCUGAACCCAAGCCCAGUUCCGGCCCGCGUAUCACCAAGAUGUCACGGAAAAGCGUCAAGAGCAGAGAAAUUAUUGGAUUUGUUAUGCCCGAUGAAGAUUUUCCAAUAGCUGGUUUCAAUAUCGGCCAUGCUGGGCCGGUAGAAGCCAAAAAGCCAAGUAACGACCCUAGAGUAGGUGAGAAGCCUCCAGGCAAAGCUCGCGACGCACCAAAGGCACCAGGAAACAAGAAGUCUGUCAGCGACGGACUUGAAGCGGAACAACCACAAACGAAUGGGAAACCGCCUGAGGUAGAACAACCCUCAAUAAAGGAAGAAGAACCUGGAGCAAUUGGGCCUUCCACGACUGGGAAAAAACCAGAAACAAUACAGCAGUCCGCGCAUAGCAAAGCAUAUGAAGCAGCAGAACCUCCAUCGCAAGAAAAAGAGAGGGCAACCGAAACAGUACAACCCUCGAUGAACGCAAAACAGCCUGAAAGAGUUCAUCCAACAACGAAGGUGCAAAAACAGGAAGCCAGCGCAUCCGAAACAGGUUUGAGAGGACCUAAAGUACAAGAACCCUCAACCAAAGAAAAGGAAUCCAAAGAAGUACAGCCUACGACAAGUGAAAAAGAACCAGAAACAGUACAGCCCUUGACGAAAGAGAAUAACCCUGAAACUCCCGCCCCUCCAACAAGUGGAAAAAGGCUUGAAGCAGCAAGACCACCAACCGACGGAAAAGAACAAGAAGAAAAGCAACGACCGCGCAUUGUGAACCCUGCGACUAGAGGUAGGAAAGCCGCAAGAAAACAAGAUGCGGCCGGGUUGCCGCCUCAAACACUGGUUCAAUUUGAGCCUGCUACUUCGUCUCGCAUCGCCCCAGCGCAGCCACCAAAGAAGUCAGCCCCCGCGAGCAAUGUGCCCCAGUCAGAAUUGCCGGUGUUCUGCAGAGCAAAUGGUGGUGCUUGGAGCAGGCAUGCUGAGGACCUGCUAGGUAUGACGAGGCCUACGAGAAGAAUGCCUCGGCGGUGAUAUGGCGCCACCUCAUGUUUUUGUUUUCUUGUAUCAGCCAUAGAACUUCUCCCUAUGAUGAUGGCCUUUUCCGAGAACCACGCCGUUUAUUCAGGUGUUCUGAGUUUCUCUGGCAAGUCGUUUCUACCGAUACUACUUGCGAAUACUUUUGGCAUUUCUGCCUUUGACGUAGGCCCCUACGUCGGUAAUUCGGACUGACAUUGCCUUCGCAUCAGAGCUGUCAACAUCCAGUCUUACCCUUAUUCUCUUGAGCAACAACGGACGCACUGGAUAGGAGCUCCUCAUGUGAGGGCUUCCAUGGCUAUCCCUGACAGUUCUCAUCGAUGUUCAAGAUGAUUCGCUAAAUCUCACGAAAUGAAGGAGUUUGAUAAUUGGGAGGCUACUGACUAGCCCUAAACCUGUCGAGGAACAAGGAGCCGCUCUGAACGACUCAAUU